AUGGGGGUCCUCCUCAAGAGGGCGGUGGAGCCUGCGGCCGAACUAACCUGCACGAACCAGCCUGCUCUCUGGCCUCCCCUCCGCGGCCAGGGGAAGAAGUUUAACUUUGGGAAGAUUCUCUUCAGCAACACCACCAUUUUCCUGAGAUUUGAAGGGGAUGAAAAAGCUUGUGAUCCCUCCCAAAGUUACAAUGUUACUUGGUACUUAAGAUAUUCUGACUGCUACAAUGAAGUCUUCAACUUUGGGGAUGAACAGGCAGACUACUAUUUUGGGGCUACAUCUGAAGAGCAUCCAGGUUGGUCAGGAUACUAUGCCACGGCUUCUCUCCUCUUUCCAAAUUGCUCUGAGCUCUUCAGGCCUCAGAUGUUCUAUAAAGAAUUUGUUCAUCCAGAGCCUCUCUCACCUGAGAAACAAGAGGGCUUAAAAGAUAAGAAGGAGAGCGGAGGCAAUCACACAAUGGUGGCAGAUAAAAUUGCAAUGAAUGCUGUUAUCAAAACUUGGCGAGACGGGCCGUAUAUAUUUAUUGUGCAAAUUGGAAUUACAGCUGUGAAGGAUUCUACUACCAGAUUUAGAAGAACAGAGAAAACACCUUCCUCAUAUCAAAAUAAGCCCUUUACAAUGACAGUAGAACUGAAGGGGCCAUAUGAGUAUCUCUCACUUGCAGACUAUCCUCUGAUGAUUUUUUUCAUGGUGAUGUGUAUUGUGUACGUAUUCUUCGGGGUUCUAUGGCUUGCGUGGUCAGCCUGUUACUGGCGGGAUCUCCUGAGGAUCCAGUUCUGGAUUGGUGCUGUUAUCUUCCUGGGAAUGCUCGAGAAAGCAGUUUUCUAUGCAGAGUUCCAGAAUAUCCGCUACACAGGGGAAUCUGUUCAAGGAGCAGUAAUACUGGCAGAACUGCUUUCCGCUGUGAAGCGUUCAUUGGCUCGAACUCUGGUCAUCAUAGUCAGCCUGGGAUAUGGGAUAGUCAAGCCUCGCCUUGGAGUUACUCUUCACAAAGUAGUUAUGGCUGGAGCCCUUUAUCUAUUAUUUUCUGGCAUGGAAGGUGUUCUUAGAGUCACAGGGGCCCAGAAUGAUCUUGCCUCCUUGGCUUUUAUUCCCCUGGCUUUCCUAGAUACUGCCCUGUGCUGGUGGAUAUUCAUCAGCUUAACUCAAACAAUGAAACUGCUAAAACUUCGAAGAAAUGUUGUGAAACUCUCUUUGUAUCGGCACUUCACGAACACACUCAUCUUGGCAGUAGCAGCAUCUAUUGUAUUUAUCAUCUGGACUACCAUGAAGUUCAGGCUGGUGGACUGUCAGUCGGACUGGCAGGAGCUAUGGGUGGAUGAUGCCAUCUGGCGUUUAUUGUUUUCAAUGAUCCUUUUUGUCAUCAUGAUUCUGUGGAGACCAUCUGCUAAUAACCAAAGGUUUGCUUUCUCACCACUGUCUGAAGAGGAGGAUGAUGAUGAGCAGAAAGAGCCAAUGUUAAAGGAAAGCUUUGAGGGAAUGAAAAUGAGAAGUACAAAGCAAGAACCAAAUGGGAAUGUAAAAGCAAACAAAGCUCAGGAGGAUGACCUGAAGUGGGUAGAGGAGAAUGUUCCUUCGUCAGUGACAGACGUUGCUCUUCCAGCUCUUCUGGAUUCAGAUGAGGAAAGAAUGAUUACACACUUUGAAAGGUCCAAAAUGGAAUGAAGGAGUAGCUUUUUGCUAUUGGAAGUGGAGUCGCCUCUUUUAAAGUUGCUUGGUGGAGCAAGUGCAUCCUGCUGAUUUGUUUCUUGAUCUCAGCCUUGGAAGUUUGAUGCUUUAUUGUCAUGAGGGCGUCUUGCUGUGGAAGAAGUUCACAAGGACAUUAUAAACCUUUUGGAAAUUUGAAUUUACAAAGUUGCUGCAAGUUUGGAUUUUUAAGCAAUUUAAAUGUGUACUAUUCCAGCACCUUCUGUAACUUUUCAAAUAUUUAAUCUGUGAAACUAAAAUUCCUAAUGUCUGCUUGA